GAACCCUGGCGCAGUCGGCGGGGACCUCUGCUGGGUCCACGAGCAAGAUGCUCACCUCGCCCGCCCUUUCGGGUCAGAUGGGCCCUGGAGGGUGGGUGGGGGGCUGCUGAACCGGAGCCAUUGGCCUUCCACCUGACUCUGCCCAUUUUCAGGAAGCCUGAGUGUGACUCAGAAGGUCCCUGUGACUUACGUCUUGAAUCAGAGAUGGAAGAAUCAGGUUCAUCUUCUACCACCUCUGAACAGCAGCUGCAGAGGCAGGAGGGACUGAGCAACACCAAGACAGACUUGGUUGAGCAGAGUCUCAUUUCAUCUGAGAAAUGGCUUCAACUGCAUGGACUUAAGAGCAACAAAUUGACCUUGAACCAGAUUCUGUCGCAGAUUGGAUUCCCACACUGUGAAGAUUACGUGACUUCUCUGGGGAGACUCGUGGCUUCUCGGUAUGCCGAUGGUCUGUUUCCACAGUUCUACAGAGCACAAGAUGGCAGAGUAUACAACCUGACGGCUACGCCGGAGCUGCUCCAUCAGUUUGUGGGGGCCUUAGCACGAGCUCUGGAGAGCUGCAGGCGGCGGAUGGACUGGCUCACCAGCGGAAGCCGGCAGAUUUUCGGUGUCAUCUUGGAACGGUGCGUCACCUUAGUGCUGGACUUCGGUGACAUUCUGGAGGGGGAGCUUCAUCUGUGCCGAGACGCCCUGACCAUGGUCCUCCGGGAGCAGGUGGCUCACGUAGCCAAGUUCAAUUUCAUAUGGGUCACUCAGGAGCCUGUGAAGUGGCAAGAACGCGCUACUCCUGUGACCCCACAGUCCUUAGCCGCGGCCAUCAGCUGGGUGGGGAAGCUGAGUUUCGAGCUGACCACUGCAAGCGCCGUCAGCCGCGUGGAUGCUCUGCUGGACGCGGGCACUGACGAAACUGUGGAAGCCAUUUACUACUUUGUGGUGGGGGACGUUCCGGAGGAGUCCAAGGAGCUGCUCCUCCAGAGGGCUUUGGACAUCCCGCUUCCCGUCCACACGGUGUCCUUCAAUGCCAGAGGAGAAGGCAUGGUAGCUUUCCUGAAGGAUCUGAGUGCCAAGACCCACGGCAGAUUCCACGCGUUUGCCGAGAGGACACGGUGUAUGGAAUGGCCAGCUUUCCCCACAGAGGCUGGUGACAGCAUGAUCACCUGGGAUUCAAGGAAACUGAAAGGAAAACUCCCUCCAGGGGCCGGAGUCAGAGAAGACGUGUUCCUCAUUUGGAGGGAGAUGGAGGAAGCCUUCAGCACCCUGGCCCAGGUCCAGAGGCUGGUGGGCAAACCUCGCACGACCAGCGUGGCCCUGACAGACUGCGAGUCAGGAGCAGCAUUUGUGGAGAAUGAGUCCAAUCCAGAAGACACCUGGGACUCUAAGAAGUGGCUACAGAAACACGGCUUGAAGGCCCAGAAGCUGUCAUUUUAUGAUGUCCUUGCUGCCUGCUCUUUCCGCCAUGCUGAUGGAGUCGUGGAUAUAAAAGCCAAACCUGAGGAUGAGUCCGUGCAGACCAGUGCGGAGACCAAGAAGAAGAUAGUCCAUGCAAAAUACUGCAACAGGUUUAUCCAUGCUGCCUGGAAGGAUGGGACCUUGGUCCACGUCAACAUCACCAAGGAGAAGUUCAAGUGGUACAGGGAGAGAGUUCACAGGGCGCUGGCCCGGAUCCAGAGGAGGAUUAAAUGGCUGGAGGACGGGAGCCAGAUCCUCUUUGGGAAGGUGCGUGAAGAUUGCAUCUACAUCCUCAUCGAUACGUCUCACUCCAUGAAGAGCAAACUGGACUUGGUGAAGAACAAGAUCCUUCGGCUUAUACAGGAACAGCUGAAAUACAAAAGUAAAUUCAAUUUUGUGACUUUUGAUGGUCAGGCAGUUGCUUGGCGGGAAAAACUUGCUGAAAUCAAUGAAGAUAAUUUGAAAGCAGCUCAGUCCUGGAUUAGAGACAUUGAGGUGGGAAGCUCCACCAACACCCUCAGUGCCCUGCAAAUUGCUUUUGCUGAUAAAGAGACGCAAGUGAUCUACCUCCUGACCGACGGGAGACCUGAUCAGCCACCUGAAAUGGUGAUAGAGCAAGUCAAAGUUUUCCAGAAAAUUCCUAUUUAUACCAUCUCCUUCAAUUACAAUGAUGAGAUUGCCAAUGAGUUUUUGCAGGAGCUUGCUGCUUUGACGGGAGGAGAGUUCCAUUCUUAUAAUUUUGGUUGCAAGGAUCCCAUUUCUCAGGAGGCUCUUCAGCAGAAUGAGGACGUGACCCUUUUGGUUCAGGAGAUGGAGCAGGGCUACAGUGACCUGGAGAAAGUGCAGAACCUUUAUUCCAAGGCCCUGAUCAUGGACUGGUGGCACAACGGGGAGAAGGAAGACAACAAGCAUCAAAAGGAAAUCUCUUCUAUGGUUGCGAUCCCAGAAACAUGUGCGAAACCUCAAUCUGAUGUUGAGUCAACACAAAUCUCACCCCUACAUAUGUUGAAAGUACCAUGGGACCUUUCAAGUCAGCAGGUGCUGAAAAAGAAAACCCUCCACGCAGAGUCAACCAGGACCAGCCUGCUCAGAAGCCAGAUGUCCACCCUCAAGAACUCACCUCGCAGUGGAAGAAAGGACAGUCUCUCCACAUCCAGCAGCUGGAGCCUUUCUCUGAGCGACAGAGAAACGAGCAUGCUGCUGGCGAGCGAGUGUUCGGACGACACAUCGUCAGGAAGAUGGACUCGAGAAGGAAGCGCAAUCUCCGAUGACAACGCUUCAGAGAUGUCCUCAGCGAGCUGGCUUCAGAUCCACGGCCUGGUGGCCAGGAAACUCACCCUCGUGGACGCCUUGUCAGGGACGGCCAUACCCCACAGCCCCACCUACGUGCCCAUUCUGGACAAGCACGUCACCUCCAAGGUCUUUGACGAGGUGUUCCCUCUGGCACAUGUGUGCAACGACACAAAUAAGAUGACACUGGUCAACCCCCAGGGAGUCAGACUCGGCGUCUACAAGCAGAACGUGGAACAGGCCAUUAGAUCCUAUGAAAAGCGUUUGAAUAAAAUCGUUUGGCAAGCAUUAUCCCAAGAGGAAAAAGAAAAGUUAGAUGCAAACAAACCAAUACGAUACUUGGAAAACAAGACUGCUUUGAACAAGGCGUUGGAACGGUUGAAUUGGCCCAUUUCAUUGAAAGAGCUGUCGAUGCUGGAGAAUGAAAUCCUAGCUGGGAAGAUGUACAUCCAACAGGCCAUGGAACUACAGGAGGCUGCCAAGAAGAGCUGUGUGAGCAAGGCCCUGGUCGAGCAACAGAAACCCCAAGGAAAUCCCACAAAGAAAAUCAAACCAAAAAAAGUAGAUCCCCUGAAAGGCCAGAAGGUUAUUGCAAGAUGUGAUGAAAAUGGCUUUUAUUUUCCAGGGGUCGUGAAGAAGUGUUUGAACCCCACCCAUGCACUCGUGGGCUUCAAGUAUGGAGACACCAAGGUCGUCCCCACCUCCUUCAUCACUCCAGUAGGAGGCGCCAUGCCCUGCCCGCUGCUGCAGGUUGGAGAUUAUGUGUUUGCCAAAAUCGUGACACCCAAAGGAUUUGACUUCUAUGUCCCUGCCAUUGUUAUAGCACUUCCAAAUCCAGAUUCAGCCUCAGAAAAAUUCUACACAGUUUUGAAAUGUAACAACCGGAGAGAAUUCUGCCCGCGGAGUGCGCUCAUAAAGAUCAGCCAGAACAAAUACGCUCUCUCCUGCUCUCACAUAAAGUCACCCCCAAUUCAGGAAAACCCAAAAGGGAAGGACGUGGAGGUCAAGGACUCAGCUUUCGUACUCUGCCCACUGAAAGAGGCUGACCUUGGGGGUUUAAAAGAGCCAAAGCAGGAGAACCCCAGAAGGAAGAAGAAGAAACCUGCCAAGAGGCCGCCUCUGCAGGAGGUGGUGUCCUCAGAUUCGGAUGACUCUUCCCGUGGCACCAGGUCCCAAGAAUCCCACCCCAAGACACAGCCUGAGCCCAAGGUGGGGGUGGGGGGCCAACACCAUGCAUCUCUGUGACUCUCUGAAAUCUCUUUCAAGAAUAGUGCCUGUGAGGUCAUUUCCAGACUCCAGACCAGAGUAGGUCCCACCACAGCAAAAACACUAAACCCCUUAAGUAACACUGACCUCCACUUCCCCAGAGAAGGCCCUCGGCCCGGGGCCUAGGACUCACCCCGCCAUCGCGGCCACAUGUCCACCUCCAGCAGCCCCGCCCUGCCCUCUCCAAGGUAGCCACAGCAGCAAAGGGCUGAGGACCAUCGCGAGAAGCCUUAAAGUAGUCUAGUGGCAACUAGGUUUCAGAGAGCCAGGAUUCCUCAGGGCACCCCAGGCCUCGGCCACUGGACACUGUGGAGCAGCCCCUCACUGAGGUAAGGCCGCCAUCUUUCCACCCGCGCCUUCCCUGUGGGUCGCAGAGGCCUAGCGCCCACCCAGCUCCCCGCCUGGCUCUCCUACCUACCUGUUUGCAGGUAUUGAUUGCCACUUUUCCUGACCAGUGCCCAAACUAAUUUUUUCCCCAUCUUCACAGAACUGUUCUGGAUUUUCUGGUACGCUGUCACACCCAGAAGUUCUAACCUGACAGAUUAUUGUCAUAGGAUUUUCAAACUUUUUGGAAGUCAGAGUACUUAAUGAUCCAAGCCCACAGCCUUGUUUUAAAGUGAUUAUCUCACCUGAAUUAGGGACUUUGUCACUCAAUGUUGAGGACUGAAAUUAAGACCUGGUAACUUGUCUGAGAUCUGCAAGAGUGACCAUUCUCCAUGUUAUUGUUUUCCGAACAUUUUUAUUGAGCCCUUCCUAAUUAUUUUUGUCUGCAGUCUGUUGUAGGUACCUCUAAUUGAGCGCAGAACGAGAAUAAAAACUCUUACGUUGGAGACA